CAUCAUAAUAGCGGCGGUGGACGCGUGUAAACAAGAGCAUGUCUGCAGGUCUUGCAACAUGCAGCAGUCUUCAUGUAAUCACAUUCCUGCCGGCGUCUCCGGGCUCCAGAAGUCAGUCUCUCUCCUCUUCUCUCACUCCUCUGUCACUUCUGCACAGAUCCUCUCCAAACACACGCAAUUCGAUCUGUUUUUUUUUAAGGACGCUCGGGUCCAGAGGGGCUGAAAGUGUCGAGGCAUCGUGCAGUUUGUUGUGGUCCAGAGGGGGAGAGCUGCUCUGGAAGUGAUCGCAUGUGUUUGUGCCUUGUUGCAGUUGCAUGGGGAGAAGCGAGAGACGAGCGCAGCCCAGAAUAAACUGAGGUGGGAGAGAGAGAGAGAGAGAGGAGCGGUGGUGGAGAGGUGUGAGCUGGGAAAAAGUGGACGUCGAGGUGGAAAGACAGUCGGACUGAUUCCUGAGGUGCACGUCUGGUGAAAGGGCCCUCUCCAUGGAUAUAGACACAGAUUAUGAGCGGCCCAAUGUGGAAACCAUUAAAUGUGUGGUGGUCGGGGAUAACGCAGUAGGCAAGACCAGGCUAAUCUGUGCCCGGGCCUGCAAUGCCACCCUCACACAGUAUCAGCUGCUCGCCACCCACGUGCCAACCGUCUGGGCCAUCGACCAGUACCGUGUGUGCCAGGAGGUGUUAGAGAGAUCUCGUGAUAUAGUGGAUGAGGUCAGUGUGUCCCUGAGGCUGUGGGACACAUUCGGGGAUCAUCACAAAGACAGACGAUUCGCCUAUGGCAGGUCCGAUGUGGUGGUGCUUUGCUUCUCUCUGGCCAAUCCCAACUCCCUGCGCCAUGUCCGCACCAUGUGGUUCCCGGAGAUCAAGCACUUCUGUCCCCGGACUCCCAUCAUCCUGGUCGGCUGCCAGCUGGAUCUGCGCUACGCCGACCUGGAAGCAGUUAACCGUGCACGACGGCCCCUUGCCAAACCAAUCAAACCUACAGAUAUCCUUCCUCCUGAGAGAGGCCACGAGGUUGCAAAGGAGCUUGGGAUACCCUACUUCGAGACCAGCAUUGUUGCCCAGUUUGGAGUGAAAGAUGUUUUCGACAAUGCCAUCCGAGCCGCCCUGAUCUCCCGUCGUCACCUGCAGUUCUGGAAGUCCCACCUGAAAAGGGUCCAGAGGCCCCUCCUCCAGGCGCCCUUCCUGCCUCCUCGCCCUCCACGCCCAAUCGUGGGCAUCCCGGACCCCCCUCCCACAGACGGCGAGGGGCCUGAUUCUCUUUUCUGCCAGCCACUGUGCACAGAUGUCCUUUUCCUCCUGCAGGCCGGCACCACUCGCGUCUUUGCACACAAAGUCUAUCUGGCAACUUCCUGCUCCAAGUUUUACGACCUUUUCACCCUGGAUCUCGGCGGAGCGUGCGUGGCACCGCAGGGAGAGGAGCAGGAGAGCAAGGAAAACCUGGAGGGCGGGGAGGAGGAUGAGCAGAGCAGGAGAGGAGCCAAGGAGCUCGCCGGGCGCACUAAGAGCCUGGACAUUGAUAAAGACGGGGCUGAUGGAGGAGUGCGGGGCCUGAAUCGACCCCAGCUGCUCCAGCAGGGCUCUUUGAGGACUUCCCAGAGCGAUAAUGCACUCCCGUCCCGAGCCCAGUACUCACUGGGAGCUCUGGGAACUGGCCGAGCACUUUCAGGUUGGGGGAGAGGGUUCCUGAGCGUGUGUCUGGAGCAUGUCGAUGAUCCAAUGACUGGCCAACCACGACUUGUGACUGUGGUAGCCAUGGAUGCUCUUAUACAAGAAGAGCCAUUCAAGGCGGUGCUUCAGUACCUGUACACAGGCAGUCUGGACGAGGGCCGGGGGGACCUGAUGCAGGUGGCCACCAUAGCUGAGCUGCUGGAGGUGUUUGACCUGCGGAUGAUGGUGGCCAAUGUCCUGAACAGAGAGAGCUUCAUGAACCAGGAGAUCACCAAGGCCUUCCACGUCCGCAGAGCCAACCGCAUCAAGGAGAGUCUCAAUAAGGGGACCUUUGCUGAUGUGGUGUUCCGCCUGGACGAUGGCUACCUGCCGGCCCACAAGCCCUUGCUCAUCUCCAGCUGCGACUGGAUGGCGGCCAUGUUCCGAGGCUCUUUCAUGGAAAGCUACGUCGAGGAGGUAUCCAUUCCGAACACCGGUACAGCCUGUAUGCGUGGGGUGCUGGAGUUUCUGUACUGUGGUCACCUGACGCCUAGUCCUGGUCUGGAGCCCAUGGAACUGAUAGUUCUGGCCAACCGCCUCUGUUUGCCGCGCCUUGUCGCCCUCACAGAGCAGCACGCUGUGGAUGAGCUCCUCCAGCUGGGGGGGAAAGGAGUCGACGUUGAUGGACAGGUGUUGUCUUACCUCGAGCUUGCACAGUUCCACAAUGCCAAGCAGCUCUCAGCUUGGUGUCUCCACCACAUCUGCACUAACUAUAACAGCAUCUGCCGCAAGUUUCCCAAAGACAUGAAAGCCAUGCUUCCAGAGAACCAGAGGCACUUUGAGAAGCAGCGCUGGCCCCCGGUGUGGUUCCUGAAGGAGGAGGAUCGCUACCUGCGCUCUCAGAAAGAGCGUGAGCGCGAGGAGGAGAUCCUGCGCAAGCAACACACCAAACGCGGCUGGUGUUUCUGGAAACACCCGUCCUCCUCUCCACAUGUCUCCUAAACAUCCUCCACUGACUUCUUCAUCACACCAAGGAAAACCAAACCCCCCCGCCCCCCAAAAGCUUACAGAGGAGUUUGGCUCUGAACCCUCUAUCAGUGGAGAAGUGACUCUCAGUGCUACGCUGCCUGAAUGUCAGCGUGUUUUGGGGGGAAUGUACGUGCCUCUUUUUAACUGUGGGUGACUUCAUGAGUGCAUUUGGGUAUGCUUGUGUGACCAGUGUGGACUCAGCUGAAGGGUUAGCAUGUGUGCGAGUGUGUGUGUUUGAGUGAUGCUUCCUAGUUGAGUGCUUCCCAGACGCCCUCCUGAUCUAUGAGGGCCUGUGGCGUUGCAGUGCAGCCCCCUGUCCCCUCCACCAGAGCUCCUUCCCUCCACCAGCACUCACAGGGUCUCAGCCUCUGAGUGACUGGACUGGGAGCAAAGGGCUCUCUUAUCUCUCUCAGUCUCCACCCUCUCACAUUGACCUUAAUGACUUAUUACACACUAACCGCGGCGGCUCCUCUCGGGGAGCGUCCCUCUGCCUUCACUUUUACACAGACUGUUAGCUUGCACAUACAUACCCGUGCCCAAGCUCCUCCCCUCUAAAACCAGCACUGGAUUCCCAGGAACGGAUGCUAACAAUUGUUUUGAUAUAAUUUGACCUUUUUGCUAUAUAUUCUUCACCUUCUAGGAUACUCCUAUCAGGGGAAAGGGUGCACACCACUCCCAGGAAAGGGUGAAGACUUUGAUGAUUGCGAUUGCGCCCGCAAAGAUGAGACUGUUAAUCCAGAGCCCAGAUAUGGGUGUAAGGGUAACUUUAAAACUGGGAGCAAGUUAGGAUGCUCCGAUCAGGAGUCUAAAUCAUAGCCAUUCACCUCCAGUCUGGUCAUGUUGUGGUCCCUGGCGUUCAUCAUCCACCCUGUGCACGUUGCGUCUCCUCCUCUUUCACACCACACCUGCAACAAAACAAAACGUCAGCUCUCCUGGGCGAGUCGGAUUCAACAAAACUGCACUUCAGAGACAUUCAAAGUGACCGCUCUAUAGCAAUGAUGGGGGGGAGUGAAGAGGGCUAGCCUUACUGGAUACCUCUACCACGGAGGAGUGAUGGAUACAGUAAUACACAAAUGCGCUUGUAACGUCCAUGGCCACUAGGUUGCAUUUGAGCACCUCAGCCAGCCUGCCUUUACACCCCUACAACACUAGGGGCAGCACUGCUCAGGGCCCCACAGGCACUAACCCUUACAGUGUUUUAAAGCCUACUUUCCAUCAUUAGGAUCAUACGGUUAACUUCAGUCGUAAAGUGUUAGAGGAAAGUGAAAGCACAUUCACAGUGUUAUUGAUGCAUUUGAAAACUAUACUUCACUUUUGGUUGUCACCUAAUUCCGAAGGCCAAAGCUCUUUUAAUCGUUUUCUUCCUCAUUUAUUCAUUUCUGCUUCCUGUGUUGGCGGAGAGGGGGGGUGGAGGAGAGACAAGGGCGUGGC